AUAUGGCCUUUUUCCGAGAUAACCUGUUGAAGCAUCAUCGUGAGGUUUUGAUGACACAGCUUGUUCCAAUGCAACGAUCGAUUGGGAUGUUCUUAAUCGACACUUCUACAAUGCGCUCGCUGCUCUUACCCUCACCAAACCGGUGUCUGGAACUGUUUCACAGACUAUUGCCUGUGGAUGCGCGAGCUGAGGUAGACCGGUUGGUGCAAGAGACACAGGAAGCGGAUUACACGUUAUCUCUCACUCCGAGCACCACCGUCGACUUUGUCAAACAUCUGGAAUUCUUGGUUCACAUGCAGACAAGGAUCGAACCGAUAGAAAAGGAAGCUGACGUGGUGAAAGAGAUAUACGACAUGAUAGAAUCCUUCAGUGUACCAGUCCCACCUGAAGAUUACGCUGUUUAUC